CUGUGAAGUCCGUCCGCAUAUCGUGGCCUAUUCCUUGCACAACUGUUCUGAAAAUCAGCGAUGGAGCUAUUCGCGGCGUUUUGACAUCAGCGCAUACACCUUUCAUUUUUAUGAUUGCUGAAUGCCGUUACAGGUGAUUUGGACAAUGCAUCCAGCGUGAUCACCUGACCCUUCCUGGUCCUUGCGUUUCCUCAGUGGGCACCCGCAGUGGCUCUGGGGACUGCCUCCUGAUCACUACAGUUACCAUGGAGAACUGUGCACGGGGCUGUGCCCCGGGUGUGCGCUUUUGCCAGAAGCUGAACCGGCUGAAGACCCUGGAUGAUGACGUCAUGGCCACAUCACUGAAGCGAUGCCUGUCCACGGUGGACCUGGCACUGCUGGGCGUGGGCGGCAUGGUGGGCUCGGGGCUCUACGUCCUGACUGGCACUGUUGCCAAGGACACAGCCGGCCCUUCUGUGGUGCUCUCCUUCCUCAUCGCGGGAAUCGCCUCGCUCAUGGCCGCCCUCUGCUAUGCAGAAUUUGGGGCCCGCGUUCCCAAGACAGGCUCUGCCUACAUGUUCACUUACUUGUCUAUGGGGGAGAUCUGGGCCUUCCUGAUUGGCUGGAACGUGAUACUGGAGUACAUGAUUGGCGGCGCCGCCGUUGCCCGGGCCUGGAGCGGCUACCUGGACUCCAUCUUCAACCAUGCCAUCCAGAACUUCACUGAGACUCAUAUCAUGCGCUGGGAUGUGCCCUUCAUCGCCCACUACCCUGACCUGCUGGCCGCCGGCAUCCUGCUGGUGGCCACCUUAUUCAUCUCCUUCGGGGUGCGUGUCUCCUCCCUGCUCAACCACAUCUUCUCUGUUGUUAGUAUGGUAGUCAUCGUCUUCAUCCUUAUCUUUGGCUUCAUUCUGGCCGAUCCUAUCAACUGGAGCAUGAAGGAGGGAGGCUUCGCCCCCUUCGGAUUGUCUGGAGUGCUGGCAGGCACAGCCACCUGCUUCUAUGCAUUUGUGGGCUUUGACGUCAUCGCAGCCUCAAGUGAAGAAGCCAAGAACCCCCAGAAGGCUGUACCCAUCGCCACCGCUAUUUCUCUGGCAUUGGCUACCACUGCCUACAUCUUGGUCUCAACAGUGCUUACCCUCAUGGUGCCCUGGCACACGCUGGAUCCUAACUCUGCCCUUUCUGAUGCCUUCUUUCGCCGAGGCUACAGCUGGGCCGGCUUUAUUGUGGCCGUUGGCUCCAUCUGUGCAAUGAACACAGUGCUCCUCAGCAACCUGUUCUCCCUGCCCCGGAUAGUGUAUGCCAUGGCAGAGGAUGGCCUGUUUUUCUCAGUAUUCUCCAGGGUUAACCCUGUCACCAAGGUGCCUGUCAUCGCCAUCAUGGUUUUCGGGAGCCUCAUGGCUCUUCUGGCUCUCAUCUUUGACCUGGAGGCCCUUGUCCAGUUCCUUUCUAUCGGCACCCUCCUGGCCUACACCUUCGUGGCAGCCAGCAUAAUCGUGCUGCGUUUUCAGCCAGAGAAGUCAAGCUCCAAGCAGUCUUCCACUUCUUCCUCCAACCCCAAUCCUGAGCCAUCCCCGACUGCCUCCGAUGUCCAGACGAUGGCCCAGGAGAGUGGGGAGCUGAAGGAGUAUGAGUCCUUCUCUGACAAGCUCCAGCUGGUGGAGAUGCAGAAGAAGACCAAAGAGCGGCGGGCUCCAGGGCAGCUGAAGGCCUACUGGGAGCCCCACCUGGGCCGGGUCCUGGGAGACUGUGAGCCAGGGGAGGUGGUGGCCUUCUCAGUGCUGGCACUGUUAGUAAGCGCGGUGUCCCUCUGUGCCGUUCUCGUGUUCGGAAACAACCAGCUGCAGCUGCCGGUGUGGAGCAUCUCCCUGCUUGUGGUGGUGUUUGGCCUGGCAUUUCUCUUGAGCAUAGGCCUCAUCUGGGUCCAUGAGCAGCAGCCAAGCACCAAGACCUUCCAGGUUCCUCUGGUCCCCUUGAUUCCCGGAGCAAGUAUCCUGCUCAACAUUUUCCUCAUGUUGAAGCUCAGCGCUCUUACCUGGGUCCGCUUCUCUGUUUGGCUGGUUGUAGGUUUGCUGGUGUAUUUUGGCUAUGGGAUCUGGCACAGUAAGGAGGGCCUGAGGGAGCCCCAGCAGCGCGACGUGGCAGCACGUUACGUCGUGCUCCCUAGUGGCAGCUUGGUAGAGACAGUGCAGGCAGUGCAGCCGGAUGCCCAGAGCGAGACCACGCCCGGGCAUACCCCAGCCCCCACCUCUGAGGACCAGCAGGGCAAGAGAUGAUGUGUGUGGGAGACCACAAUGUCAAUCAAACAAGGGACCAUUUCUACUGCUCUCCUUUUGCUUUAAAUCCUUCCCUUAUUCCUGCUGUACUGUAUUGGCACAGAUUGUAUGUUAUGUCAGCCAUUGAAAGCAACUGCAUCUCAGAAUGGGAUCAGACCUCUGCUUCCUUGUUAUAAUAUAGUGCACACAUAUAGAUAUGUAUGCACUGUAUUGCAUACUGUAUGUGUACAUUCAAUUUUCCUUUUCUGUUUUGUGCAGUAUUAAGCAGUGGGAUAUUCAUAUACCAUAUUUCACAUCACAGAAGAAUGCUUAAAUGCAGUUUCCUUAACCUCCACUUUAACACUAAUUUCCUGUUCCUCUAUUUUGCCUUUACACUUCUCCGGUCCUCUGCUGUCUCACAUUAGAUUGUCCGACAUGAAUAUUUAAAAGGGGGACCGGACAAAUGCCUCUCCCCUCCAGAAAUCAUCAACCAGUUACAGGCAACCAAAGAGUUCAGCUUUUUGUCUCACUCUAGUCAUUUAUUUAUUAUAAUUUCUGUAUCUGUAUGUUCAGUAAAGCCCAGAAGGGCAUA